GUGACCGAAGGGUCAGAGGGGUAACGGGGCCGUUUGGAAGCCGGGUAUCUAGUCAGAUGAGACGGUUUCACUUAAGUAAUUUCUGCUGUCACACCGGUCAUCUUCUACCACGGAGGGCAACGGACUGAACCAGUGGCAGACAUGUCGUACUGCAAACAGGAAGGUAAGGAUCGCAUCAUCUUUGUGACCAAGGAGGACCAUGAGGCACCCAGCAACGCUGAGCUCAUUGCAGAUGACCCCGAUGAUCCUUAUGAGGAACAGGGUCUGAUUUUGGCUAAUGGAGACAUCAACUGGAACUGCCCGUGCCUUGGCGGCAUGGCCAGUGGACCGUGCGGCUCUCAGUUUAAAGAGGCCUUUUCCUGCUUCCAUUACAGUAAGGAGGAGCUGAAGGGCUCCGACUGCAUCGACAACUUCCGCGGUAUGCAAGAGUGCAUGCAGAAGUACCCCGAGCUCUACCCUCAAGAGGAAGAUAAAGAAAGCUCCUCCGAAGCAGAGUCCAACUCUGGUUCUGGUUCUGCUGCCCCGACUGAGGGCUCCGCCUCGCCCCCUGAAACUGACUCUCUCCCUGCUGCUGCUGCUGCUGAUGCUACACCUGCUGCUGAUGCUACACCUGCUGCUGAUGCCUCACCUGACAGCGCAUCGCUCACAGAAACCCCGAGUGCCAGCUAAGGUCCACCAGUGCUCAUCCAGACUUCUCUGUGUCCAAUCACUGCCCGGCAGAACUGACUCUCCAGGAGGAGCUCUGAUUGGCCUCUUCACCUGAUUAAGCCCACAGACAGAGAGGACUUACUGACAUAGCUCUGAUUCUAAUGGGCCAUAUUUACAGGCAAUCAGUGAAGGACUUUGUGAAUGCAGAUGAACAUAGCGUAUGUACAAAGUAUAGGCUGCUUUGUUUCACUGGCACUCAAAGAUCAUUGAAGAAUAUGAUUUAAUGACAGCGGGCUGAACUGCAGGCACAUCAGUGAAAGAGUCCCUUUAUAGGCAAUUGGGAUUUAAUUUCUUGUGUGUUAUCGUGUCAAUCAAAAAAGCUUGUUUGUUGGCAUCCAUUAUGUGUGUUGUCCUGUUAAUGUUGACAGCCCAGAAAUAUACAGCACCGGCUUCGAUUCAUUAUGCAAUUUGAUAGUAAUCCAAGCAGGAAUCACUUAAUCUUUUGAUUGGAGCUUCUUUUUCUUGUUUGUGUUACUGCAGUUUAACAUUUAUUUCCCUUCCUUUAUUCUCUUACUAAAAAGACAGAAUGCCCUUUAAUUGGUAAAAAAAAACAAGGCUUCUGUUUGGGUAAAAUGAAGAGAGGUUUUUAGCUGCGUUUGUUGACAUCUUGUAAGAACUUCAGGGUUUCCAUCUACAUUAAUUGGCAUAUGGAAAGUUGUUGUCAUCUUCAUAAUUGAUACUGUAUCUGGCCAAGACCAAAGUGGUUUGUUACAUUUUACUGUCGGUGCAUAAAUGUUUUUUGUUGUCUGAACACUGUCUGGACUCUGCUCUGAUCACCAUUCAGUGACCUUCCUCUAAAAUACUUGAUCUGUGUUUCUCAAACAUGUCCAGAUUAAAAUGAUUUGUGGAAAAAUCA